UUUCAGAAAUCCAUGCUUAACACCCGCUCGUCAAUGUAACCUCCCUCCGUAACCCCAAUCUCUAAAACUCCUAUACUAGUACUUUCUCUCUCUGUAAGUGAAAGUUGGUUGAGAAAAAAGAGGAAGGAGUAGAAUCCAGGCAAUCUAGGGUUUUAGUUUCCAAAAAUUCUCACAAAAUCAAAUUGGUCACCAUCUCUCAUCGAUCACGAUCUCACCAUCUCGAUUUCACCGCCCGAUCAAAACCCCUUUUUCUUUUUUCUGACGAUGGUGAUUUCAUCUAGAAAUCCCAAUUCAAUUAUUUCGAAGUCAAUCGGUUCUCCUAAGAUCAGUCUCCAUCUCUGUAAUCUCUGUAAAAGCUUAGGGUUUUUAUUUUAACUGGUGUGAAGAUUUCAGUUUGGUCAACUAUUGUGUAAAUACCCAUAGAUUCACUCAGGUAUAUAGUAUAUAGAGAUAUUCUUAAUUAGGGUUUAUUAGGGAUUUGGACGUUAUUGUGAUUGAUUUGGUGUCAUAAUUUGGGGGUAUUAUGAUAAUUGAGGAAUUGAGAGCAGGCGAGGUGGAGAGAGGGGAGGAGGAUAAGGAAUUGCGUGCUGUGGGUGCUAAUAAGAAGGAGAGUGAAGGCGUUAUUGCGUGGAAUGCAAAACGGGUUUUUAUUGGAGCUGGAGCUCGGGCUUUGUUUUACCCAACUUUGCUUUAUAAUGUUGUUAGGAAUAAGGUCCAGACUGAGUUUCGCUGGUGGGAUAGAGUUCAUGAGUUUAUAUUGUUAGGUGCUGUUCCAUUCCCUUCUGAUGUUCCAUGCCUGAAGGGACUCGGUGUUGGUGGCGUGAUAACACUGAAUGAACCAUAUGAGACGCUAGUGCCAACUUCUUUAUACCAUGCUUAUGGCAUUGAUCAUCUGGUGAUCCCCACAAGAGACUACUGCUUUGCUCCAUCCUUAAAUGAUAUAUGCCAAGCUGUAGCCUUCAUUCAUGAAAAUAUAUCAUCAGGACGAACUACAUAUGUUCAUUGCAAAGCAGGACGGGGACGCAGCACAACAAUUGUUAUAUGCUACCUGGUGCACCACAUGCAGAUGACACCUAUUGCUGCAUAUAAUUAUGUGAGGUCAAUCCGACCAAGAGUGCUUCUAGCAUCUGCGCAAUGGCAGGCUGUUCAGGAAUAUUAUUAUCUAAAGGUGGACACUGGCGAUCACAACUUCAAAUUGGCCGAUUUAGUUUUGAGAACUCCAAGGCCAGCCCUUCUGCAGGGUAUAGUGCCAUUUGAUGAUGGCUCUGUAGUUGUUGUAACAGAAGCAGAUCUUGAUGGAUAUAAUCCAAGUAUUGAAUCUGGGCCUGGGGGAAGUGAGAUAUGGGCUGACCUAAGUGUUGUCUGCCGUGUUCGAGUUGCUGGUCAGGCAGCUCUGGCAAGAAUAUCCUGCCUCUGGCUCCGCUGCCAGGCUCACCAAAAGAUUGUCGGGAAGCAGUUAAACAGGAAGAACAGCUGCUCAAUCAGGGCGGAUCACUUGGGAGCUAUCAGUGUCGACAUUCAUGUGUAUUGAAUAGCUCUGGUAAAAUUGCAUGUUAGUUUGACAAGUUUUUUUUUUUUUUUAAUCUCUUGAAAGUAAUAAUGUUCAACUAGGCAGGAAAGAACUUCGGUUCCUGGCACCCCUUGUACAUCGAGUUGUUCUGUCUCAAGUCAAUGCAAGAAACAUGAGCAUUAUGGUCAAUAUAUGCAUUUGGUAUUAUGAUA